AUUACACUAAAGCAACAUGAAACUCUGGUUCACGUCACUUUGCCCGCAGCCGGUUAAAAAAGAUAGACGGUGACCAAUUAGCUAAGAGCUAACUUGAACUUGAGCCAGUCUUUUGGCCACAGGGGUGCGAUUUUUGCACCAUUGUCUAACCCUAUCACACUGUGGGCCACGUGUACUGACGCACCGCGAAUGUUUUCCCACUUCCGCGAGCAACCGUUGCCGUCCGCCGGGCUAGCAUCGUGCCAUCGAUUAUCUGUAUCUUAUCAUGCACCAAAAACCUCGAAUAAGGAAAUCGUCGCACUCACCAUCCGUUGGUCGAAUUCCUUAUCAAGGCUUGGGUCGUAAACAAUUCGUUUUGGAGCGGAUAGUGCGUAUCGUGUGCGAUUGAAAAAAGAGUUCGUUUCGAGCCCAACCGAUGUUCGCUCGCCGGUUCAAUGUGUUUUUUCUUGCGGCGCAGGUCGGUUCAGCUACGGGGCGAAUCGACGUAAUCCCGUGGACCGGUGGGAAUGCAAUUUCUUCGUGACAGUCUCUCGCUUUCAUUCACCAGCCAGCAAGGAAGCCGAGUGCCUGGUGGCGAAAAUGGCGGAACACGUAAUGUUGAACCGUCACCGACUGCUUCGCAUGCCAGCAACGACUCGAAGUACGACACGGUCCGAUCGAAGGCUGCGAUGAACCUGGGCAGCCCACCGUCCGCGUACAGCACACCGUUCCAAAGUCCGAUCAUCCCUAGUCGGACGUUCCCGACGAUAAGUGGAGCGGCUACGACUCUGGGUGCUGGCCCGGCAAGAGGAAGUGUGGCAGGUUCUGUGAACGGUGGAAAAACGGAUAGAGCCAGUAAAGUGUACUUCAUCGAUCAGGGACAAUUGCCUCCGGAAUAUGAACUACCGGAGCGACCUACCCAUGGUGAUGGUGGUGUCGUGAAUCCUGUCUUCGCUAACGACAGUGGAGCUACGGUGAUCACUGUUCCCGGAUCACAACCGAGCGUUAUCAGAGAGCAGUACUGGACCUGGUCAUGCCGGUGUAGACAUGAGUUUACCCCACGAGAGAAGGUCCUUGUGAUAGUGAUCUUUGUUCUGGUGCUGAUUAUUGGAGGACUCGCGGCGUAUCUUGGUAUUGUGAUAGACAGUGACGAUGGUCUUCCAGGUGGCAUUCUAACGAACGGGAUGCUGAUGCCUGCAGCUCAUCUGUAAAGAACGGUUGCGGUUGUCGCUCGUGAUGAUCAU